CUGAUGGGGAAAAAUGGGCAAAGCUCUGCACCCUCCAGAGCUACGGUGAGCACAGCUGACAGAGAGAAGUACAUUUGAGUUCUGUUCUUACGGAGGGGAACACUCUACCCUUUCUUCAUUGAACUCAAAUCACUCCCCUUUUCAAGCUACUGGAUCAAGGACUACCAAGAAUUCUGUGUAUGAACUGUGUUUGGUAGCAUCAUCCUUCCUUUGCCACCCCUUGUUGAAGGAUCCUGGGUGCACUAUCGUGUGGUCUCCCCACGGCCCACCCUCUCAAGAUAAAGAGAUCAGCAGGGACCACAAGAAACUGUGUGAGCGGGGCACAAAGACUUCUUUUCACAAAGUGCAGUCAGAAAGGGAAAGAAAAAGAGCCACUUUCUAGUGGAGAAGCCUGCCAAACACUGCCUCAGCCAGUAAAGGAGCUGUUUAGUUCAUCUUCGCCUGGUGUGUAAGAACCCAGGGGAGGCCGUUCCUGCAGCCCAGUCUUCCACUCCCCUCCCCGAGAGCCUUGGCUGGAGCCGCGAGUCUGUCAAUCCCGGGCGGGAGACAAGGCAGACAAAGGUUCAUUUGUGAAGCACCUCCUUCCAGCACCUCCUCUCUUCUCCUUCUGCCCAAACUCACCCAGCGAGUUGGAGCAUUUUAAAAGAGUCCUCUGACAAGAAGACCAAAAGGAAAGAAGAAAAGGGGCCAAAAGCCAAAAUGAAAUUUAUAGUACUUGUCACCAUUGGGCUAACUUUGCUGCUAGGAGUCCAAGCCAUGCCUGCAAAUCGCCUCUCUUGCUACAGAAAGAUACUAAAAGAUCGCAACUGUCACAGCCUUCCAGAAGGGGUAGCUGACCUGACAAAGAUUGACGUGAACGUCCAGGAUCACUUCUGGGAUGGAAAGGGAUGUGAGAUGAUCUGUUACUGCAACUUCAGCGAAUUGCUCUGCUGCCCAAAAGAUGUCUUCUUUGGACCAAAGAUCUCCUUUGUGAUUCCUUGCAACAGUCACUGAGAAUCUUCAAGUAUUCCAGAGAGCACCAUCGCUAAUUUCCAAGAAACUGCAUUUCUACUUUCUCUCCAUGCAAUAAAGCACAGAUUUUAUAAAUUCUCACUUGUCUAAGACAAGUAAACUUGUGUCAAAUAAGUAGUAAUAAAAAUUAAUUCAAUUUAA